AUGUUGUUUUCGUGCGCUACAGAUUCUCCAAGAGAUCUUAUUCGUGUAAUUUCUCCUGCAGUUUAUAAGCAACACAAUCAGUUAGGAGUACUAGAAGUUGAUGAACACGGGUUUCGGUUUGAAGUUAAUGAUAAUUCAAGUGUUUCAAUGAAUAUCGUUAUUCCUGCAGCUAAAUUUACAUCAUAUUGCUUUGUCGAAGCUAAUCCCGUAAGAAUGACUAUCAAUUUAUCCAAAUUUCUCUCAUGUCUUAAAAUCUUCUCAAAUUCAUCAUUCGAAACAAUAAUACGAGCCAAAGAUCUAGUUACAAUUGAAGUUGAAAUAUCAGCAACAAUGUCAUCUGCCAUGUGUUUUGUAAGAACCUUGGUCCCGCUCCCUAAAAUCAAUUUUCCUCCGAUCAUUGCAGAGUUCAAUGCCACAAUUCAAACGAGUGCAUUAUAUGAGCUCUUCAAACUUGUUGGAGCUCCUCACGAAAUAGCCAUUAGAGGAUAUUCUACUAACAAGGCGCUUUCAAUUACAACAAAAUGCGCAUUUGGCGAUACAAGCGCUGAACUGAAAAAUGGAAUAGGUGAUUUCAGAGGAUUAGGAGAUGAAAUUAACAGCUCGUAUUCCUUCCAUUCAUUCAUCCCUCUUGUUAAGUCUUUGUGGAUUCUUUCGGGAAAAGAAACAUUAAUCCAUAUCUCGAAAGAAGGAAUUUUAGAGGUCCAAAUCAAUACUGGAGACACAUCCGAAUUCAAACUCAGAAUUGAACCUCAGGCUAUAAAUAAUUAA